UCAGGUGGACAUGAUGAGCAGGACUAGUUACUACGACACCUACCAGGAUGUUGCUAACAGCGUCACCGUCAUCAUGCUGCCCUACAAUAGCAGCACGUCCAUGAUGAUCGUCCUGCCUGAUGAACGUGGUGGGGGGGUGGCUGGGGUGGAGGGCUCCAUCAACAAGGACCACAUCAGGCGCUGGAGAAACUCGGCGUCCAAGAAAUACGUGGAACUCUUCCUGCCAAAGUUUUCCAUCUCUGCUGACGCUCCUCUGGAAAACACUCUCAAAGAAAUGGGCAUAACCAACGCUUUUGAGAACAACGCUGAUUUCUCUGGCAUUUCUGACAAUGUCAAGGUCAAAGUCUCAAAGGCGUCACACAAGGCUGCGCUGAGUGUCACUGAGAUGGGAACAGAGGCGGCAGCCGUCACCGUAUUUGAGUUCAUAUGGUAUUCGAGGCCUCCAACAGUCCGAAUCGACAGACCCUUCUUGGUCUUCAUCCUGGAGAAGUCCACUAACAGCAUCCUCUUCAUGGGCAAGAUCAACAACCCCACAGCCAUGUAGAGG